GGCGACAACUUUUCGACAUCCAUCCAAACUUUGAGAAUAGAGGGCCAGACAACAGCAAAGCCAUGAGUCGAACAGCUCCAAGGCGCCUGUUGGCUCAAUCGCCUCUCACCUUCCUUUCGGACCUUACACCAAGCUACAAAUUACCUACACGAUGUCUACGAUUAUUCUCCACUACACCCCGAAGAAGAGCAGAUGAUGAGAUCUCGAAGCCAGCGACUGUCCCAUAUUCAAACUCAGCAUUCAAGUCAAGAAGCCAACCUGCACAGCAAGCCCCAGUCUCCCCAUCCAUGAAUCCCAGAUCUGAAACUUCAGGCAUGAGUGCAUUGGCGGAACUCUUACAAGGCAGCGUCUUCGCUCCAAAUCAAGCCUCUCGCAAACAACGACAACAAAUCGACACACGAUUCGCAUCAGAUGGUAGCAGUGGUAAUUUGUUAGAUCAUUCUGAGCCCGGGUUGGAGAAGAGCUGGCAGCUACAUAUCUAUGCAACCAGGCACAAUGUCCAUAUCACCGUUGUACGCCCGCCAGGAUGGAUACAUCCACAGACUGGCAGGAGAUAUCCCAAGGCACCACACAACAACCGUACGGUGGCAUUGUCGUUGGCGGCUGGGAAUUUGGGAUUCCGGAAGUCGGGACGCAAACACUACGAUUCUGCUUUCCAAUUGGCGUCGUACGUUAUGGGGCGGAUGCAGGAGUCUGGCAUGAAUGCUUGGAUUGGGGACUUGGAGGUUUAUUUGAGAGGAUUUGGGGCUGGAAGAGAGGCUGUUACAAAGGCCUUACUUGGAACGGAGGGUAGGUUCUUGAGAGGGAAGGUCAUCAAGGUUUCGGAUGCUACGAGGUUGAAGUUUGGUGGCACGAGGAGCAAGAAACCUAGACGUCUGGGUUAGAUGGUUGUGGGGAUAUAAGAGACGCAUCACUGCACGUUGUGUAAACUUUGUAUCAAUCUGUACAAUAAUAUGGAGUUCCGUAUGGUAUCAUCCAAAGACCUCAACGCCAUGAAGCAUAAUGCUACCCAACCCGCUAGAAAUGCUUUGUCAAACUUCAGGACGGGCAAUCGCAUGAUUUGCCCUUUUUCGUUGGUGCUCUCUCCGCUGGCGGAACAACUCUGCCCGACGUAUCCCUCACCGGUUCUUUGCCUUUCCCUUUGCCAGUUCCACCUUGUCGUCGCUCUUCCUCACUGUCCCAAGCGUCCUCGGAGUAAUCUAUGCUACGUCUUUGAUGACUUGAGUCCAUGUUGCUUAGCAUCCUAGACCGUUCAUGAGACACAUCAUCAUCAUCCUCCUCUACCAACUCUCCAUCUGCUGUCUCAAAGUCUGGAGGCGCAAUCCACUCUUUGGGUACCACGCAAGGCAA